AUGAAUAACCCGGAAAAGAAGAACAUUGAGAUCCAAGGGCCACUAUCCAGACCUACCAUCAUCAGCUCCAUCAUGGCCCCAGUGGAGAACAGGGACACUGUCACAUUGACAUGUCAGGCUACGGGUGUAAUAGUCAUGUACCGGUGGUUCAUAAACCAACGUCACCCAGCUGGUGGCAGGAUAAAUGUGUCCCCGGAUAACAGGACACUCACCAUACACACUGUCACAAGGGAAGACAAAGGACCUUAUGUGUGUGAAGUCAGGAACCCAUUUACUAGCAAUAGGAAUGAUCCAUACACACUGAAUGUUACCUAUGGCCCAGAAACCCCCACAAUUGUGACUACAGCUGAUCAUUACAAUGUAGGGGAACGUAUUAAGUUGAUCUGUUCUGCUGUAUCUAACCCACCUGCCCAAUUCACUUGGAUUCUCAAUGGAAAAAAGUUGAGCAACUCAGCUACAUUCUCUGCUACUGCAAACACGAAUCACACUGGAACCUAUACCUGUCAUACAUCUAACUCAAUUACUGGCUUGAAUAACACCAAAGAAAAGAGUCUUAUUAUCUAUGGGCCAUUAGCCAGACCUAUCAUCAUCAGCUCCAUCAUGGCCCCAGUGGAGAACAGGGACACUGUCACAUUGACAUGUCAAGCUACGGGUGUAAUAGUCACGUACCGGUGGUUUAUAAACCAACGUGACCCAGCUGGUGGCAAGAUAAAUGUGUCCCCGGAUAACAGGACACUCACUAUACACACUGUCACAAGGGAAGACAAAGGACCUUAUGUGUGUGAAGUCAGGAACCCAUUUACUAGCAAUAGGAAUGAUCCAUACACACUGAAUGUUACCUAUGGCCCAGAAACCCCCAUGAUUACUCCUAUUGUUGGUCACUACAAUGUAGGGGACCAUAUUAAGUUGAUCUGUUCUGCUGUAUCUAACCCACCUGCCCAAUUCACUUGGAUUCUCAAUGGAAAAAUGUUGAGCAACUCAGCUACAUUCUCUGCUACUGCGAACAUGAAUCACGCUGGAACCUAUACCUGUCAUACAUCUAACUCAAUUACUGGCUUGAAUAACACCAAAGAAAAGAGUCUUAUUAUCUAUGGGCCACUCUCCAAACCUAUCAUCAUCAGCUCCAACAUGGUUCCAGUGGAGAACAAGGACAGUUUCUCAUUGACUUGCCAGGCUACAGGUGUAAUAGUCACGUACCGGUGGUUCAUAGACCAACGUGCCCCAUCUGGUGACAUGAUAAAUGUGUCCCCGGAUAACAGGACACUCACUAUACGCAGUAUGCCAAGGGAAGACAAAAGACCCUUUGUGUGUGAAACCGAGAACCCAUUUAAGCGAGAUAGAAGUGAUCCAUUCAUAGUGAAUGUUACUUGUGAGUAA